AAGUAAUAAAUACCAUAUAUAUAUAUAUGUAUGUAUUUUGCUUUUGUUGCCAAGCGAAAAUUGUCAAAUUGUUGUUUUAAUUAAACAAAUCAUUAUUAUUAUUAUAAAUUUAAAUAUAACAAUGUACGAAAUUGAUAUUGAAAAUGAUUAUUUGUUUUUACUUGAAAAUGUGGGUCAAAUUUGUCGAGUGUGUCUUGAUUUAAAUCAGAAUAAUCAAUGCAUUUUUUCUACAAGCGACAAUGACCCCGAAAAUAUAAACGCUUUAGAUUUGGUUAAGAAAUUAAACGUUCAAGGUGGCAUUGAGAUUCAAGAAAAUGAUGGUCUUCCAUCGAAUAUCUGUCUAAGUUGCACUUUAAAAGUAAAUGCUGCUCACGAAUUUAGAGAACAAUGUCAAUUAGCAGACAGAAAAUUAAGAAAGGCAUUUGAAAAAUUUCAAACAAAUUUCAAUUCGGAUUCUUCGACACCACAAAAGAAUUUACAUUCACAAACCGAGGAUAAAUGUUUACUUCUUAAAAAUGAAGAAUUACAGAAUGAAAAUUCAAAUUCAAUAAAUGAUAAUUUCUCCGAUGGUAUUUCAAAAAUUGUCAAUGAUGUUGAUGAAAAAUUCAAUUAUUCCUGUGACACUGAAAUAAAUAGUAAUGAAACAUCAAUUAUAAAUGAAAAUGAUGAAACAAUUGAAAUUGAAAAGGAAAAUGCUCCAUAUAAAAAAGAAGGUUGUAAAACACGUAAAAUGUCUGUAUUUAAACGUGUAACAUCAAUGGAAAAUUUAAAGAAUUUUAAAGAAAGACAGAGGCAGUAUAUUAAAAAAAAUGUGAAAUCUGAUCAAAAUGAAUUGAAUGAAUUUUCAACGAGAAAAAAAAAUCGAAUUAAUAAUCAAAGACUGACUAAUGAAGAGUCUGAAUUAAAUUUUGAAUGUAAUUUAUGUAAUAUCACAUUUUCUAGUAAGAGAUCAUUAGAUAAACACACAUUAAUUCAUAAUGAAAAGAAAUAUAAUUGUGAUAAAUGUGAUAAAGAAUUUUCCACUAAUGAUAAACUUUUGGAACAUUCAAAAUUACAUCAACCAAAAGAAAAAUCAAAACCUGUACGUUGCAAGAUUUGUGAGAAAAGUUUUAAAAAAACUGAUACAAUGGUGAGACACUUGAACAUUCACAAGAGAGCAAAUCCAAAAGAAGUAUUUUCCAUUCUCAAGGAAAUCAGAGAUAGAAGAAAAAUGGAAAAUAAUGUUGAAAACAAAGAAAUUAAUAUUUCCACAAGCAAUGAAUUUAUAAAUAAUGAAAUUGAAGAAACAAAACAAAAUGAAAAUAUUUGUACUAAAGAAUUAAGAAAGCGUGUACCGAAUUCACAGACAAAACAAGAAAUACAAUCCGAUGUUUUUCAAUCUGAUUCAAAUAGUGAAAGUGAUCAUUCUUUAAAUGAUAUGGCACUAUUUCGUUGUAAAAAUUGCACAAAAUGUUAUACAACUGAAAAAUCAUUGCAACGACAUAUGCUAAUACAUGAUGAAAAAAAAUUCAUAUGCAAUGUUUGUAAUAUGAAAUUUUUCCGUCCCGAUAGACUAAAAAGUCAUAGAGACAGAUACGGCCACAAUGAGGGCAAUGUUACUGAGCCUGAAAAGCCGGCAGAUGAUAAAUCGGCAAUAAAAUUAAUCAACAGUUGGAUACGUGAAGAAUUAGAUUCAGAUAAUGAGGGUAAAGGUUUUUCAUGUGAUCUUUGUGGAAAAUCAUAUGUGACAAAAAAAUCACUAGCAAAACAUCGUGCAAAUAUUCAUGAAACACAGCGUAAUAAUUAUUGUAAAAAUUGUGGCAUCAAUUGUAAUUGUGAUGAGAAGAAAAAAAUUUUUAUUAAACCAGAAAAAACAAAAAUUUUUACAUGCAACGAAUGUGGAAAAUCAUUUGAAAAAGAAAAUAAAUUACAAAAACAUUUACAAAUUCAUGAGAGAGCUAAAGAACAACAGGAUUCAAAUUUUAAACGUUUUCUUUGUCAUAUUUGUAGUAAAACAUUUCGACAAAAUACUGGAUUAAUGUUUCAUAUGAGAACACAUACGGGAUAUAAACCACAUGUUUGUAAAUAUUGUGGCCGGGGAUUUACAUCAAAUUCAAAUUGUAUUAAUCAUGAAAGAACACAUACUGGUGAUCGUCCAUUUGUUUGUCAUUUUUGUAGUGCUGCUUUUGCAAAAUCUUGUACAUUAAAAGCACAUAUAACAACACAUACUGGCGAAGCAAAUUAUCAUUGUAAAACAUGUGGUAAAUCAUUUAGAAGAUUAAAAUAUUUAAAGGAACAUAAAUUCACACAUACAGGUGAGAAGCCAUAUGCAUGUAAAAUAUGUGGCACUGCUUAUAGUCAUUCGGGAAGUUUAUUUGUACAUGAAAAAAAAUGUAAGGCACAAUUUAAUAAUUUUCAACCAGCAACAUCGCAAAAUGGACAAAAUUUUUGUCAAUCACAAACAAAUAUUGUCACAACAUCAUCAUCAUCGCCAUUAAUUACAUUACCAUCGACACAACAACAUCAUCAUCAUCAUCAUCAUGUGGGCAAUAUUAAUAAUUCAUUAGGAUUGCAAGGUAAUAAAACUUAUAUCGAAAGUGUACAAAGGAUGAGCGCUCAUGCUGCUGCUGCAGCUGUUGGAAAUACAGGAUUGCACGUUCAUGCAAAUACUGAUGUAUCCGAUAUGGCCUCAGCUGUUAGGAAUUUUGCUAUUAUUGGACAAAUGUUUCAUUGAAAAUUUACUUCGUUUUUAUGUCUUUAUAAAAUAAGUAUAGCUGAUUUUUUUUUAAUGAGCAUUUCUUGAUAUAUUUUACUGAUUUAAAUUCAUAUCAAUUAUUUAGUGUAGAGAUUUUUAUUUUAAUCUGCCUAAGUGUGUAGGCAAUAGAGUAGUAGUUUUUGUUUUUAGACUCAAAUAAUUUUCAACUAAUUGCACGUUUUUAGUUGUUAAAUUUCAUUUUAUUAUGAGUUACGUAAAAAAUAAUUGUUGAGAUAUAGUUAAAAUUUAUUAAGAAAAUAUUUUUUAAACUAUUUUAUUAGAGUUUUUAGAACAAAAAAAAAUGAGAAUUGAAAGAAAUUCUAUUUCGAAAGUAAAAUUAAU